CUUUUAAAAAACGGAGAAACUGUUUCACCUCUGUUGAGUCAGAACUCAGAGCCAACCCGGCGAUUCGGCGAUAGACGCCACCGACCGGUUCGUCAGAAUGGUGGCCUCCGCCGCAGUCGCCGGCGUCUCUCUGACGGCGCAUCAGCGCAAUAUUCUAGCUGGUGUUAACGCCGGCGCUUCGAGCCUCUCGUUCGUUGGUUCAGGCUUCAUCGUUCUCUGCUAUCUCCUGUUCAAGGAGCUCCGCAAGUUCUCCUUCAAGCUCGUCUUCUACCUCGCCCUCUCCGAUAUGCUUUGCAGUUUCUUCAGCAUAGUAGGGGAUCCAUCAAAAGGUUUCUUUUGCUCUGCUCAGGGCUAUAGCACACAUUUCUUUUGUGUGGCAUCUUUCCUAUGGACCACAACAAUUGCUUUUACCCUGCAUCGAACUGUUGUUAAGCACAAAACAGAUGUUGAAGAGUUUGAGGCAAUGUUUCACUUGUAUGUCUGGGGUACUUCCCUGGCUAUGACAGUUAUACGUUCAUUUGGUAAUGAUCAUAGACAUCUUUCUGCAUGGUGUUGGACUCAAUCAGGACUUGCAGGGAAGGCAAUUCAUUUGUUAACAUUUUACAUGCCACUCUGGGGUGCUAUACUAUAUAAUGGGUUCACAUACUUCCAAGUUAUACGCAUGCUGAACAAUGCAACCCGUAUGGCAGUUGGUAUGUCAGGCCAACCUUAUGCAUCAGAUGCACGGGAUAACAUGAGGGCUCUAAAUCGCUGGGGAUACUAUCCACUGAUUCUAAUAGGAUCAUGGGCUUUUGGAACCAUUAACCGUAUUCAUGAUUUCUUUGAACCCAACCAUAAGAUCUUCUGGCUCUCAUUUCUAGAUGUCGGAAUGGCUUCUCUUAUGGGCCUCUUUAAUUCAAUUGCAUAUGGCCUUAAUUCUUCUGUUCGUCGAGCAAUUUGUGAAAGAGUGGACAAGUAUUGGCCUGAGGGUCUUAAGAGAUGGCUCCCUAUCAAUUUCAAGUACAAGGCCUUAACGCAAGAAAGUGAACUAGUAUUGUUAAGUACUGAUGGUCAGCGAUAAUGAAUGUGGAUGCUUUUCGUCCUCCGUACCAUAUUUUGACUCUUUUUCAUUCUAGCGAGAUGCCGUUUUCCAUAGACAACAGAGGAUCUUUUGACGUCAUUGAUUCCUGACUAUUUGUUCGGAUGCUUCUUUAGUUAUGUGAAUCAUGUAGUUCAUAUUCACAUUAUGAAUUUUGUACCAACGACGAGGAUCCCUCUUAAAGAAUCAGAGGGAGUUCAUGUGGAAUCUGGGUUUUGAAGCUGUUAUCCUCAAACGAAACACCCUCACUUGAACUUCAGGAAGUGCAUUUUUUUCUCCCAAUGUUUCUCCCUGUGAUUCAUCUUUAACAAGCCUAGAUGCUAACUGUUCCCGUUUGUGCCAUUGUAUUUCCUCAGGUUUCUGCAAAUAGUGAUUGCCUAAUUUUUGUUGUUGCUAUCAAGGAUAAGGUGCACCUUCAGAUUGUUUACAAAUUGCUGGACAUUUUUUUUUUACUUCCAAAUAUGUUGGAUGUAUAGAAAAGUACUUUUCAGAGUGAAAUCCACGUCUAUAUUGUUGUGUUACCCCUUUGAUCUUCCUUAUUCCUACUGUAAUUUAUACUAAGUAGGGCCAUUAAGUUUGUACCUGCUCAACAGAAUAAAUACCUCUUUCCGAAUAUGAAGACAUAGAGGGGUCAUGAACUCGUGAUCCAAAAAAAGAGAUGGAGGUGGAUCUUUAAAAGUUAAAACUAGAUUAACCCACAACCAAAGGGAGGGUUUAAAAAAACGUUUUAUUUUACUAUAAUCAGUGUAAAUUUUUUUAUACAAUUGUCCAAAUCAUAUUGGUAAAACA